AUAUAGCUCUCACAAAUAUAGUAGAAGUUAUCGAAAAGCUAACCAAAGAAAGAAAGUUGCAGAGAGUUAUGGCUAAAAUCGAUGAUUUUGCGCCAUUUCCAGUUAAAGAUCAGCUUCCAGGAGUUGAAUAUUGUGUAUCCAGCUCUCCAAAUUGGCCUGAAGGAAUAGUUCAAGGGUUUCAACAUUACAUUGUAAUGCUAGGAACUACUGUAAUAAUACCUUCCAUACUCGUUCCUCUCAUGGGUGGUGGCGAUGUGCAGAAAGCGGAAGUGAUAAACACAGUCCUGUUCGUGUCGGGAAUAAACACGUUACUACAGAGUUUAUUCGGGAGUAGACUUCCUGUCGUAAUCGGAGCUUCUUAUGCUUACGUCAUCCCUGCUCUAUACAUCACUUUCUCUUACCGAUUCACUUACUAUCUUCAUCCUCACGUGAGAUUUGAGGAGACAAUGAGAGCAAUUCAAGGAGCUCUCAUCAUUGCUGCUAUAUUUCACAUGGUCAUGGGUUUCUUUGGCUUGUGGAGAAUCUUGGUUAGGUUUCUUACCCCUCUCUCAGCUGCUCCUCUCGUGAUUCUCACCGGAAUUGGCCUCGUCGUGCUUGCGUUUCCUCAGCUUGCGAGAUGUGUAGAGAUUGGACUCCCAGCGUUGAUCAUACUCAUAAUCUUAUCUCAGUAUCUUCCCCACUUGUUCAAGUGUAAGAGAUCGAUAUGCGAGCAGUUCGCUGUUCUGUUCACGGUAGCGAUCGUAUGGGCUUACGCAGAGAUUCUGACAGCAGCUGGAGCUUACAAUAAAAGACCUGACAGUACACAGCUCAGCUGUCGAACAGACCGGUCCGGUCUCAUUAGUGCUUCCCCAUGGGUGAAAAUUCCAUAUCCGUUGCAGUGGGGACGCCCAAGCUUUCAUGCAAGCGAUGCAUUCGCAAUGAUAGCUGCUUCCUACGUGGCUAUUGUCGAGACGACAGGUUCACUCAUUGCUGCUUCAAGAUUUGGUAGUGCGACCCAUAUACCUCCCUCGGUGCUUAGCCGUGGCAUCGGAUGGCAAGGCGUAGGCGUUUUGCUGAAUGGAUUGUUUGGAACUGCAACCGGUUCAACAGCUUUGGUUGAAAAUACAGGGCUGCUUGGACUAACAAAGGUUGGGAGCAGAAGAGUGGUUCAGAUAUCUGCUGGUUUCAUGAUCUUCUUCUCCAUUUUUGGCAAGUUUGGGGCUGUUCUUGCGUCGAUACCAUUACCGAUAUUUGCAGCAUUGUACUGUGUUCUAUUCGCCUAUGUUGCUUCUGCAGGACUUGGCCUGCUUCAGUUCUGCAACUUAAACAGCUUCAGGACUAAAUUCAUCCUCGGCUUCUCCAUCUUCAUCGGUCUAUCUGUCGCACAAUACUUCACAGAGUAUCUAUUUAUCUCUGGUCGUGGACCCGUUCACACUCGCACUUCUGCUUUCAAUGUGAUAAUGCAAGUGAUAUUCUCUUCGGCUGCAACCGUUGGGAUAAUGGCAGCCUUCUUGUUGGACUGUACUCAUAGCUACGGACACCCCUCGGUGAGGAGAGACAGUGGAAGACAUUGGUGGGAGAAGUUCAGAGUCUACUACACUGACACUCGAACUGGAGAGUUCUACGCAUUGCCUUAUAACCUCAAUCGAUUCUUCCCUUCUUUCUAAAAAUCUGAGACUCAGUUUCUUCAGCAUCUAGAGAUAUAUAUAUGUACCACAAAAGCAAGAUUCCAACUAGAAAAUUAUGUUUCUAAAUAAUCUUGUUUUUCUUGUUA